CAAAUUUUCUUUGGCGGUUGUUUCGCUUCCACAAGGUUAAUGCUUCUCCUUGCUUUUUUCUAAACAAACAUGGCAUAUGUUCAAAUAAACAAAACUGCUUUGUAACACCAAUUAACACGAUCAAAGAUAUCGACUGAUCUAUACCAGACUGUGCUCUUUGACUCAUGAAUGAUACUUAAGUAGAUUUGAGAAACCUCAACCACUUCCUAGAUACAAUAGGAGUUUAUACUGGUGUGUAGACUAAAGCCUAAGGGUUACAGUGAGGGCUUAAGUUUACAAAUUAAAUUUAAAUGAUUUUAUUUAACUGUGUGGGUGAGAUAAUCCAGCGUCAAAAUCGAAGUUCACCAUUGAGUUUCUGCCUGGUUCGUGCACAACCUGUAGCCCUGCUCAACUUCAUUUUAAGCGAGUUGGAAAGUUGCUCACCAAUCACGUGUUGAAAUGCCAACUAAACGUAUCCUCCCAUGGAAAAUACCAGACUGGCUUCUAGAUGAUCCUUUAUUAAAUAAAUCUAUAUCAGAAUAUUUACCAGUCCACUAUAAUUUUGAGAUCCAUAAAACCAUAUGGCGUAUACAUUGUCUUCGAGCCAGGCGGAUUGCUUUACAAAUGCCAGAAGGUUUGCUCUUGUUUGCAAUACCGAUUUCUGAAAUUAUUCGAAAUUACUUUAUUCGUAAUAACAAAACCUCAGGUCAUACUCUUACUAUCUCUACUAACGAUACUACUGUAGGUGAGGACAGUAUUAAAGAUAUUGAUGUCGUAAUUUUGGGCGAUGUGACUUAUGGAGCUUGUUGUGUGGAGGAGCUGAAUGCAAAAGCUCUUGGUGUUGACUUGCUUGUACAUUAUGGUCAUAGUUGCUUGGUACCGUUGGACUCCAUUUCCGUUCUAUACGUAUUUGUUGAUAUUCAGAUCGAUAUCGUCCAUCUCAUAGAUAGUGUGAAGGCUAACUUUGAGAAGUCUUCCCGUUUAGCCCUUGUUUCUACAAUACAAUUUGUUACUAGUUUGCAGACUGCUAAACAGCCAUUAUUAGAAGCCGGCUACUCAGUUACCAUCCCUCAGUGCCUUCCUUUAUCGCCUGGUGAAAUACUUGGAUGUACAUCUCCUAAAGUAGAAGGUGUUGACGCCUUAAUCUACGUGGGUGAUGGUCGCUUUCAUCUUGAAUCUAUUAUGAUAUCUAAUCCAUUGUUAGCUGCUUAUCGUUAUGAUCCCUACAAUAAGUCAUUUACGCGUGAAUACUAUGAUCAUAAAGAAAUGCGUAAACAUAGAAAAAAAGCUGUUGAUACCGCAAGAAAUGCUGUGAAUUUUGGGAUAAUAUUGGGUACACUUGGAAAACAAGGGUCACCAACUGUUGUGAAACAACUUCAGACAGAAUUGGAGAAAUCAGGAAAGACUUACAUUAUACUAUUGCUGUCUGAAAUAAUUCCAAGUAAAUUAGCGCUUUUCGAUGAACAAGUAGACGUCUGGAUUCAGGUUGCAUGUCCUCGUCUUAGUAUUGACUGGGGUGUUGAGUUUACUAAACCUUUACUCACACCAUACGAAGCAUUUGUUGCUUUAAAUGAGCAAGUUUUUUGGCCUAGAGAUUUAUCCGAAGCUUAUCCUAUGGAUUAUUAUGCUAACCAAAGUUUGGGACAUUGGACACCAAAUCACAGGUUGAAUAAAUUGAGUGCACCAAAAACCGUUAACUAAAAUGAUAUAUUACUUGUAAAAAUGACUGCUGUAAAUAUAGUCAGUCAGUCAGCUACAACGUAGAACCAUGCACUUAUGUGCAUCGGUCCAGGUUGCCAUACCGCAUCAGCACAACAAGAUGAAGAUGCUGUAAAUAUAACUUACUAUACUAAAGCGUAUUUUUUUAAAAGUAAUUUUACUUUGAUUUUUUGAGUUAAUCAUGUAUGUAGUAGUAUAAAUCAAAUGUUUUAUCUACAUUAUGGUCAAAUAACUUGACCAGAUUUAUU